AGAAAAACCCUCAGUGCGGCUGCGCUAACUACGUAGCUUUGUUAUGGGCACGUGACCUCGGGUUCUCGCUCAGCGCCAACUUGUCGAGUUGUUACUGGUAAUUGCUAGAACUGAUGAAAUAUCGAGUAAUACACCGUGUUGACGUUUGACUCAGAGGCAUAUCAGUAAAACUUUAGCUUUUUUUUUUUUUUUAUCAGUGUCAAACUCUCCUCACCUGUUUAAACACCUGGCUGACGUUAAAGUUGGCAGUAGCGAAAAUAACUGAACGAGGAAGAGCUUCGAGCGACCGACACCGCUGACCUUGUUUUCAGAAUGCGAAACAGACAGAGGGGAUCCCACCUGGGCCUGCUGCUCCUUGCCUCCCAGGUGUUUCAAAUGGGUCUGGACAACAUCCCUCCCAUCACUCUGGCUGUCCUGGCUCUCAAUGUGUACCUUUACCUGUUCCCUGCUGCGCCACUGUUACAGGCCUGUGUGAGUGUACAGCAGGCCUACUGGUUUCAAGACUGGCGCCGACUCCUGCUGUCCCCGCUGCACCACGCAGAUGACUGGCAUUUGUACUUCAACAUGUUGUCCUUCCUCUGGAAAGGAAGCAGGCUGGAGCGGCGCCUGGGGGGGGCCUGGUUCGUUUACCUGCUGUCGGUCUUCUCUCUGCUCACCGGACUGAUCUACCUGGUGUUGGAGGCGUUGUUAACAGAGCUCACGCAGAACCAGUCCUACAGCAUGGAGUGUGCUGUUGGCUUCUCAGGUGUCCUGUUUGCUUUGAAGGUGCUCAAUAACCAUUACUACCCUGGAGGUGUGACCUAUGUGAUGGGAUUUCCUGUGUCUAAUCGCUAUGCUAGCUGGGUGGAGCUGGUGUUUAUCCACCUGACAUCACCUGGGACCUCUUUUGUUGGUCACCUGUCAGGUAUCCUGGUGGGUCUGCUCUACACCACUGGACCACUGAAGAAAAUCAUGAAGAAAUGUGCAGAGUUUGUGACAUCGAAUGGAAGUAACUCGCAGCCCCGUGCGUACCACACAUCUUCAGGCUUUUCAGGCUAUGCUGGCGCUGCUGGAGGGCACUCGGGGAGCUAUCAGUAUGCUGCAGGUAACGCAGCAGAUUAUACCGCGUCUUAUACAGGUGGGCUGACAGAGGAGGAGCAGUUAGAGGCAGCCAUCAGAAACAGCCUGAAUGACGGAGGUCAAAGCAGGCAGAGAGACGCUCCCCCUCCUUAUGGUUUCCACCUCUCCGAAGAUGCCAGAGCCGAGGAGGUCAGGCAGAUGAGACUGAGGAGGUUUGACAGAUGAACGUCGGGCAGCAGCAGAGAAGAAGAAUGUUUUCCUGAGAAGUCUGUUCCAGAUGCUGCUUCCACAGGCUGAGGAUGAUGGUCCUGAAUAAGCAGGUCCAACAUCCCAGUCUGACACGUUCAGGAGCUCUUUGUUGUGUGGUUGUUGUGUUAAGGUGGCAAGCUGCAGAAAGCUGCUUUGAUGUUAAGUAAGAGUUCAAAGACUAAUGAGCAGAUUAGGUUCUGAACUGUGCGAUGACACUGAGGAUGAUUUCAGAUGCACGUUGUGCCUAAAGUCAGUAUUUGAAUGGGAGAAAUGCAGUUUUGUUUGCAGAGCGUUGUGUUUACUGCAGUCUGCUUGUCUUCUUUCUGUUUUUAUAAAUAAAUCAAGUUCUGAUUAAA